GAUCACUUUGUGUGGCUGCGCAACGACUCCGUCCUCCUGCUCUUCGCCCUCUGCUGGUGGGUCAUCACAUACUCUCCAUACGACGUGGGGAUUCGCCUCUAUGCCCUCACACCUGUCAAGCUACUAGCACGGGUGACAGCAAGCAUAGCGCGCACAGGCGUCGUCAUUUCCAGAAUUGACAGGGCAGUUGUGCUGUUUGGGAAGCAUGCUGUGGUGGCUCCUGUCUUCAUUGGCACACUCGCAGGCUGUGGGGGCCGUCUCAUCUUUGACCUCGUGCUCGCCCUCCUCACUGCAUCGCCUCCCUCUCGCGCUGAGCUGCUCUACCCUUCCUGGCUCUCCCGCUCGGCAUGCAUCAUGGCACUGGGCUACACUCUAGCCGUCCACUGGGCUGCCUGCUGCACCUCCCAGGCUGCCUUUGCUGCCAUCGCCUCCCUCCUCAUGGCCCACAGCGCAUGGGAGGUCAUUUCAGGCUCGCCUUGGGACCCCACUGCACCGCUCUCCACCCUCUUCCACUCCCUGCU